AUGGCACCAAUUGCCCAGAUAGAAUACUUUCGCGUACCGCCGCGGUGGUUGUUUGUCAAGAUCACGGACGCCGAUGGCAAUUAUGGCUGGGGUGAGGCAUCACUAGAAGGUCAUACUGAAGCCGUGGAGGGCAGUCUGGCUGCGUUUGCUGAGAGGUUCACCGGCGCGGAUGCAGAUGAUAUCGAAAAUGUAUGGCAAAAUGGGUACAGGAUGGGAUUUUACCGGGGCGGACCUAUCCUUAUGAGUGCUCUGUCGGGUGUAGAUAUAGCACUUUGGGAUCUUAAAGCGAGACGACUCGGCCUUCCCAUAUAUCAGCUUCUAGGAGGAAAGCUGAGGGAUAAGCUAAAGGUGUAUGCUUGGAUCGGCGGAGACCGUCCUGGCGAUGUUGAAGCUCAAGCCCGAGCGAGAAUCUCACAGGGGUUCAAAGCCAUCAAGAUGAACGCUACUGAGGACCUGGGCUGGCUCGAUUCACCUCAUGCUUUGGACACAUCUGUUGAGCGAUUGAAGACAGUCAAAGCCUUGGGAAUCGACGCUGGGGUGGAUUUUCAUGGCAGAGUGCACAAGGCAAUGGCGCAGCAGCUCGCACAUAAGCUUGCGCCCCAUGAACCUUUAUUCAUUGAAGAGCCUCUCCUCUCCGAGCACCCAGAAUCUGUCGCCGCUUUGUCUAAACUUGUUCCCAUUCCAAUCGCCCUUGGAGAACGACUACACAGCCGGUGGGACAUAAAACCGUUCCUCGAAUCCUCAUCCAUAAGCAUCCUACAGCCAGACAUUUGCCAUGUUGGUGGAAUCUCCGAAAUUCGUAGAAUUGCUACUAUGGCAGAAGCUUAUGAUGUUGCUUUGGCUCCUCAUUGCCCAUUGGGGCCCAUUGCUCUUGCGGCGAGCUUGCAGGUCGAUGCUGUCAGCGCAAACUUUGCGAUCCAGGAGAUGAGCUUGGGAAUUCAUUAUAACGCGGGUUCGGCAGACAUUGAUACAUAUAUCAAGAACCCGGAAGUAUGGAAGGUGCAGGAUGGAUUGAUCGAUCUUCUGGCUGGGCCAGGGCUGGGUAUUGAGAUUGACGAAGAGAAAGUCCGCGCAGCGUCCGUAAAUGCAGCUGCAUGGCGUAGUCCACACUUCCUAGGACCAGGGGGAGAGUUGAGAGAGUGGUGA